AUAAUAUUUUGUGAUUAUAUUUUGUAAAUCAUUUAUAAUUAAUAACUUUAUUAUAAUUUAAUAUACAGUGAAAUAAAUUAAUUUCAAUUAGUUCAUUUCUGUCUUUUUGUAAUUAUCAAAAAUGACCGAAAAAAAUCGAAAUAUAUGUUUAACAUUACCAAAUAAUAUAACAAAACAAAUUAGUACACAUGAAAAUAAUGAACAACAUAUUAUAAAUUUCCUACAAAAUGCAUUACCUUCUUCUGAUAUAGGUUCAAUAGCAGAUGAAUUAAGAAAAUCACUGAUACUUGCAAAACAUAGAAGUAAAUGGGACAAAAAAAAAAAAUGCAAAGGAAAAUUAUUAACUAAUAGAAAACGAAUGCAACUUGGUUUACGUAAAAUUAGUUACAAUAGUGAUAUGAAAUAUACAGAUUUAUUACCAUUAAAUAAAUUAUGGUUAAAUUAUAUGCAACAAGUACUUGGGAUUAAGUUUUUUACUAACAUUCCAAGAGAUCCUAUUGAUCCAAAUUGGGAAAAUAUUAAUCAACAAUUAGUUAAAGUAGAUUUUCAUGGUGCUGAAAUUUCAAUUGUUGGAUCAAAAUGUCCUAGUUUGGUUGGAUUAAAAGGCAUAAUAAUUCAAGAUACAAAACAUACUUUCAAAAUUUGUGGAACAGAUAAUAUUAUACGAACAAUACCCAAAGAUGUUAUUAUCAUGAAUAUUUAUUUAAAGGAAGUAAAAUUAGAAUUCUUUGGAAAAGAUCUUUCUAUACGACCUACUGAACGAACAAUAAAAAAGUUUAAGUGUGGACGUAUAUAUGAAUUAUAAUAAAAUCUAUUACAAAUUUUAUUUGUAAAAUUUGUGAAAUAAAAUUUUCAAUAUUUAUAAAUUAAUUAUAUAAUAUAUAAAUUAUUUCAUUAUUAAAAAUGUGUUAAUAGACAAAGUAUAUUUUUUAAAGAAAUAAAAAAGAAGCAUAAAGAAAUACAAAUUUUAAUAAGUAAAUUAUUUAUUGAUAUAUUAUUGAUAUAAUAUACUAAGCAUAAUAGUAACAAUAUAAAAAUUUUAAAUAUCACAUUUAUUACUAAUAAAUUGUUUUACAAAAAAUUUGUAUCCUAAUAAAUUAUAAAAAGAUAUACAUAAAAAUAUAAAAUUAAUUUUUAAAUUUUUAUUAUUAAUUUAAAAAAUAUGUAUUGUAAAUUAUAUAGUUAUUUAUUAAAAUAAAUUUAAUAAUAAAUA